UCCCCCCCGCGCUAGGAGGAGGAACCUAGUGGGAUGGAGAAAGGGGGGGUCCUCCCCUUCCACCCCCCCUCCCUCCUAGGUGGCGCAUGCGUCCUGGCUCAGGGCUGCUCGUCGGGCCAGCGGAGGGAGGGAGCCGCCGGGAGCGCUCGGGUGCCGCCGCCUGUUGCACCAGCGCCCCGUGCCGCCAGCCAUUGUCCCCCGCUCCCCGCCGCUGCAGGAGGCCAAGCAGCCCCGCCCGCGGGGUCUCUCUCAGAUUUUAAUAUCAGAAAAUUGGUGUCUCUGAUGAGAACUUUGUGUAGUGUUCGGGUCAUGAAACUUAAUCCACAGCAAGCUCCGUUAUAUGGUGACUGUGUUAUUACAGUACGGCUGACGGAAGAAGCUGAACUUGAAGAUGAUGUAGUUUUUUACUUGGUGUUUACUGGCUCCGCUGUCCAACACUGCACAAGCACUAGAAAAAUUAAUCGUGGGACAUUGGAGACCAUUGCUCCUGGCCAUGACUGCUGUGAGACAGUGAAGGUGGCACUUUGCGCUGCCAAGGAAGGGCUUCCUGUUCUAGUGGUGGCAGAGGAAAGUUUUCAGUUCAUUCAGGAUGAGGCCUAUGAUGCAGCUCAGUUCCUAGCAACCUGCGCUGGAAACCAGCAAGCACUGAACUUCACAAGAUUCCUGGACCGGUCAAGGCCUCCCUCGGGAGAUGUGGAUUUUCUGGAUGAGAAAGUGGUUUUGGCAUUUCGGCAUCUGAAACUGCCAGCAGAAUGGAAUGUGUUGGGAACAGACCAGACGCUUAAUGAGAGUAGCCCCCGGGAGACGUUGUUGCAUUUUGCAGUGAGGCUGGGCCUUCUGAGGUUGACAUGGUUUCUGCUACAGCAGCCAGGUGGAAGAGGAGCUCUUUGCAUCCACAACAACGAAGGGGCUACACCUGUGAGCUUGGCCUUGGAGCGGGGCUAUCAGAAGCUACAUCAGAUUUUGACAGAAGAGGAAGCUGGUGAACCAGACUCUUGGAGCACUUUGUCUCAUAUAGUGCACUCGGGGGACUACUGUGUGAAAUACCACCGUGGGCUGAAUGUUUAUACGCUAACGGCUGAAGCCAAGGAAGGAACAAAUGCUGGCAUGGAACAUGACAUAGAGCAGCUCCAGAAAUUCAUAGCGAGCCACCAGCACACGACUGCAGCCAAACAGCCAGAGCCUGAGCUGAGAACUUCAGAGGAUAACUGCAAUAUAGGAGCAGAGGCGGAGGGUUUUCUGGCUACUGCAGCCCCCCGCUUGGAAGAAAUGCCAACAGAAGGAAGCAAAGAAUGCCCUUCUGCACUGGUUAACUUUGAUGUGAGGCAGCUCUCAGCCCCAACGGGCCACAAGGAGAACCAAUGUGACAGUGGGAGUUUGGAAGUGCUUAACGACACAUCAAGUGAUUUGUUGAGCCUGGCGCGUAUAGAGAACCCAGGGUUUUCCUGUGAAAGUAAAAAUACAGCUACGUUGAGUAAAAAGGAAGAGGAGGGGCCAGCCGCUAUUGUAGACUCUGGGACUGUAUCAGAUAAAAAUGACUGCACACUGAUCUUGGCUGCUGGAGUAAACGGUGCUGCAAGCCUUCCAUCCUGUGGAAAUACAAAUGAGGAAACCGGAAUGACAUCCACUGGAGUUGUUUUGAGUCAAGCCAGCCUGUGUAGUAGAGAUAAUACCCAACAGGAAGUGCAAAUCGUUGAAGAGUGCACAACUGAAAGCUCUCUUCCUGUGGCUGAAACUGCAUGCAAAGCCCUAACGCCCUGGGAGGGUGUGGAUGUGGCUAUGGGCCAGGCAGAAUGCAAGAACUGUACAGGGUCGGUGGAUGCUGCUUCAAUCCAGCAGCAUGUGGAAAAUGGAGAGGAUGAGACCCGGGGUUCAGGAACUUCAAGUCUGAAAGAGCUGCCCCCAGCAGGUGGGGAGUCGAUCCAUGCUACUGAGCCCUUUCUUGCAGCGUCACCAAAAUCUCCAAGAGAAGGUGGGGAAUGUGGAGAUGGACAAGGGAUGCAGGCACAGGAUAGUGCAAAUGCACGUGUCGACAGUGAUAUUACCCCUGUUGGCCAUGGGGAGACAAGUGGCAGCGAAGAGAGUGGAACAGACCCGAACACCAAAAAUGCAAAGAUUGGUUUGCCAGAGGGCUUAGUCCAAGGUGAACCCCUUGUACAGCAGAGGCAGAGUAUGAUUGCCAACACUGGAGAGGAGCUGCUGGUUGUGACUGAAAUAGAGGUUUCAGAGAAUGCAUUGAAAUGUGAUCCUGUUGUUUUGGAAGUGAAUAACAAUAGUAAGAGUGGUGAGCAGGGUGUGCAGGUGGAAGAUGGAAACGCAGACCUUGGGCUGAAUGAACUGGUUUUGAGUGACAAUGUGGAGAAUAAUUCUGAAAUGAAAAACAAUCCCCUUGACAGGCCUGGUCCAAGUGAUGCAGAGACUGUGUGUUCCCUUGAAAGCAGUAAAACCAUUGCAAUUGUAGCUGAAGGCGAAGGUGACAGUGAAGCCCUUAAAAAGAUGUCACCAGGAACUGAAACUACCAGCAGAGGAAGCACAGAUUCGGCAGAGGAACGCCAGGGGUCUGCUGGCAAUUGCCACGCUGAGAAUCAAGCUGUUUUAAAAGGUGAAAUGUGUGACACUGCUUCAGCUAGCAAAUGUGAGCCUGGGUCACAACCUCCAUUUGACGCAGGUUUGUCCUCAGCAGAAAAAGAGCCUCUGCAAAACCAAUUGGUGGCAUCAGAAAGCAUUUCUGAACAGGAGGCGGUUGGCAAGCAAAUCAAAUCAGUCUCGUCUCCCUUGUUUAAAGGAGAUGUACAACAGGGACAGGCAAUCGGUCAGGAGAGAGAUGCUGCAGUGGCACCUCCAGGACAGGAGGCGUCUGUGCAUGGUAAUGAUCCUGUCUUCUCUUCAUGUGGCAUGGGCACAGAGCGUAUCCAGGAUAAUUUAAUGGACACACCCUCUGCAAUUCAUAAUAAAGAAUCUAAACAAAACCAGGAAGUAGCAGCAGUAGCAGAGACAGCAGUGCUUGCUGAACAGGACAGUUCUAUGCAGGGUAAGAUAACCGCAGAAACUAGUUUGCCUAAAGACAGUGGGGGAAAAGAGGUCUCUGAUGAGCAAAGUCUGUCACAGCCGGCUGAAGAGAGCAAAGCUGAACCCAGUCAGGAGCUGUGUGAAAAUGGGACACUUGGCAAAGAGAAGUGUUUGUCCGAGGAGCCUGCUGCUGCUGCUAUUGUGAAAUCCUCUGUUUGCAGUCAGGGCGAGGAGUCUGCAGCGAAUGACAGUAACACAGAUAUUGGGCUGAACGGGGAAAUCUCCUGUCAGGAAGCAGAUGACAAUGCAACAGUGGAUGCAGAAGAAUGUAUUGUACAAGGGUCUGAAUCUGAGUACAAAUGGCUGGAUGCGAAGAAUGACCCUCCUACCGACACAAUGUUGAACCAAGAAUGUGAUCUCAGUCAGGGGGCACAGGGAGGCUCUCUGCAAAACAAAGCACCAGAAUUAAAGGAGGUCUCUGUUAUGGAAGCACCUUCUGUUGCCUUUGAGAAUAAGGCACCUCUAGGUGUAGCUGAGACAUCCACCGUACCGGGUGAUCCAGAAGAGGAGGAGGAUAUGAACAAUGUACUCUCCAGAGCAUCGCUUCAGCCUAUUGCAGAAGAACCCCCCUGCGACAGCGACUCCAGCACUGACACCAUCUGUUUGGCUAGUGAGAGCGAAGCUGAGUCUGAAGUGAAAGAAGCCCAAGGACAGGUCUUGGAUUGGCCCAACAAAGAUCAAGAGGAGCAGAGCAAUGGCGUGCUGGAAGCGUCUCUCUCACAGUCACAUCCAUACAAUAUAAAUGCUGCUGCUGAGCUGACAGAUGACGUGGGGGCAAAGAGCUUGGUUCCAGAGGCUGAUGGCUCCUGGCUGGAUAAAGUUGCCAAUAGGGUGAAAAGUCCCGAUGGAUUUGUUUCUAUAUUGGAAACUUCUUCUGUCCCUGAGUCUGCAGUUGGGAAGCUAGAGUGUGUACCUGUUGGGGUUCUCCCCCCAUCCCCUCCUGAAACCCAAGUGAUUACGGGAGACAUCCUUAAUGGAGAAAUGGAUUUAAGUUUGCAGUUUGAUGAACCAACAAAGAGGGGGGAUGCAAGCUCAGAAGUGCUAGGAUCUGAGUCUGUUACAGAAAAGCUGGAGAUGAAAACUGAAGAUGAGGUGGAUUUUUUGAAAGACCUCAGAGAGCAUGCAGUUUCUGAAGAAACAAUAAAUCGCGAAAGCUGGUGUUCAAUAGAGCCAUGUUCAGAUCCUUCACUGCUGGAGCCGACGCAAACUCAUGAAUCUAGAGAAUGUGAAAAUUUCCUGGAAGAUGGGCUGAGUGGAGACUGUGCCUCAUCACAGGGUGUCCUGAAAAGAGAAACUGGAAGCGAGUCUGAACUCUUCCCCUUGCCUGGCGAUGGGAUGGAUGACAUCGUCUUUGGAAAGCCUGAAGAGGAACAGUCUGCUUGCGAUGUCACCAGUUCCAGCUCAUCGGCAGACGACACAGUCUCUUUGGAGAGGAAUUCCUCUCUUGGGAGUGACAUAUCCCUUCCACAUGCUCUAAACCUCAACAGGCCUAAGGAGAGGCACACUCUGGAUGGAAACGGCAUUGACAUGGGAGCCGCAGGGGGACGGGAGAGUGAACUUGGUGGCUCGGGCGAGAUGGAAGAAGAGAUGGACAGUAUUACAGAAGUGCCUACCCACUCCUCUGUCUUAAGAAAUUCCAUGCGACCACUGUCACCAUUCCGACGGCACAGCUGGGGGCCGGGGAAGAAUGCUGCCAAUGAGGCAGAAAUCAAUCACAGGAGUUCAAUGCGAGUUCUGGGGGAUGGUAUAAGGAAGCCUCCCAUUCAUAGGAGAAGUUUGAGCUGGUGUCCCUCUGGCGUACAGUACAUUACCAUGGGUGCUGACUUUAAUUGUAGAAGUUACAGCCUAGAAGGCCUUGCAGGAGACUCCGAUGAUAACAAGAAGCCCUCCUCAAAUUUAGAGACUUCCUCUUUGAGUUCCAAAGACCUCAGGCGAAGUCCACUUGCUAGUGACGAACGUGGCUCCUUGGUCUCACUCACUGAAGAGGAAGUAGAAUCUGAGCAGGGGGAAAUCAGAGGCUUUGACCGUCAGAUACGCCAAAGAUCACAGCCGCAUGGAUUUAGUUUCUGUACUUCUGCCACUUCUCCGCUGACCAAAUCCAUUUCGCUAAUGACAAUCACUCAACCAGGACUAGACACCCAGAGACGGACUCGACCAUGCGGACGAAUCUCCUUCUCCUUCAACAUCUCUCCGCUCAUCCCUAAGUCUAAAACUCUCUUUUCUGUUGGCUCUUCUUCCAGUGAUGAGGAGGAGUUGGAUACACUUCCGCUUUUGGUUCCAGGCAGAGCCAGGAAGCACCGAGGUAGAAGGAAUACAGAAAGUAUCGAGGGAGGAAAAUCUCUGUCCAUCCCUCUGUCUGUUUUUAUGGCGAAUAUAACAGGCACACGAUCGUUCAACAGCACCAGUAGUUCAUUGUCUCAGAGUGUGUCUGAAGAGAGCGGCAACUUCCUGCCUCCCAGCCCCUCCAGGAAAGAUUUAGAAGGGAAAGGUGGAACAAAAGUCAGUCGCACCUUCAGCUAUCUCAGGAAUAAAAUGUCCAGCAGCAAGAAGAGCAAAGAAAAAGAGAAAGAUAAGGAGAAGACUAAAGAGAAGGACAAAGAUUCCAAGGAGAGAGAAAAAGACAAGAAGAUGUUAAAUGGACACCUCUUCAGUGCAACCCCUACCGUGGGUCCAGUCAACUGUUACCACUGUAUGAAACCUUUCAACAAAGAUUCACACCUCUGUGCAAACUGCAAUGCAAUUGUUCACAAAGGCUGUAAGGAGAGUCUCGCAUCCUGUGCAAAAGUCAAAAUGAAGAUACAAAAAGGGAUGCUUCAGGCACACGAUACCUCUUCGUUACCCACAGUCAUUAUGAGAAACAAGACCUCACAACCUAAGGAGCGCCCUCGGUCUGCAAUACUUGCCCCUGAUGAAAACACAGUAACCUCAAUAUUCAAUAACAGGAGAUCACAGCAGACCACAACACUUUCAAAAAGCGUCUCAAUACAGAACAUUGCAGGAGUUGGUAAUGAUGAAAGCAUGAUACAGACUUGGAAAUUCCUGUCACAGUCAACAGACUCUUUACAUAAAAUCAGCCGAGUGAAUGAAUCCACGGAGUCGCUAACUGAUGAGGGUGCAGACAUGAAUGAAGGACAGCUCAUGGGGGACUUUGAGAUGGACUCCAAGCAGCUGGAGGCAGAAUCCUGGAGUCAAGUAGUGGACAGCAAGUUUUUGCGGCAGCAAAAGAAGGAUAUCGUCAAACGGCAAGAUGUCAUAUAUGAGCUGAUGCAGACAGAGAUGCAUCACGUCCGCACUCUGAAGAUCAUGAGUGAUGUGUACAGCAGGGGGAUGAUGCAGGAGUUGCAGUUUGAACAGCAAAUGGUGGAAAAGGUCUUUCCUUGCCUGGAUGACUUGCUGAACAUCCACAACCAGUUCUUCCAGCGGAUUCUGGAGAGGAAGAAAGAGUCCCUGGUGGAAAAAAGUGAAAAGAACUUUGUUAUCAAGAGGAUAGGAGACAUCCUGGUGAAUCAGUUUUCCGGUGAGAAUGGGGAGAGAAUGAAGAAAACUUACGGCAAAUUCUGCGGGCACCACAACGAGGCUGUAAAUUAUUUCAAAGACCUGCAGUCAAAAGAGAAGCGGUUUCAGGCAUUCAUCAAGAAAAAAAUGAGCAGCACGGUGGUGAGGCGCCUGGGGAUUCCUGAGUGCAUCUUACUAGUAACUCAAAGGAUCACAAAGUAUCCCGUGAUAUUACAAAGAAUAUUACAGUAUACCAAAGAAAACGAAGUGGAACAUCAAGACUUGACCCAGUCACUAAACCUGGUUAAAGAUGUGAUUGCUGCGGUCAAUAGCAAAGUCAGCAACUAUGAAAAGAAAACACGUCUUACUGAGAUCUACACCCGGACGGACAGCAAGUCCAUCAUGAGGAUGAAGAGCGGCCAGAUGUUUGCCAGGGAGGACUUGAGACGUAGGAAGCUCAUCCGAGAUGGGCCUGUCUCACUGAAGAACACAGCUGGGAGACUGAAAGAGGUCCAGGCUGUCCUCCUCUCAGAUAUGCUGAUAUUCCUUCAGGAAAAGGACCAGAAGUAUGUCUUUGCCUCAUUGGACCACAGAUCCACUGUAAUCUCUCUGAAGAAACUGAUUGUACGAGAAGUGGCCCAUGAGGAAAAGGGUUUAUUCCUAAUUACCACCGUAGUGAAAGAUCCAGAGAUGGUAGAAGUCCAUGCCAGCUCCAAGGAGGAACGCAAUAGCUGGAUACAAAUAAUUCAGGACACAAUUAACACCAUGGACAAAGAUGAAGAUGAAGGAAUCCCUAGUGAAUCAGAACUGGAAAAGAGAGUGUUGGACACCAAAGCCAGAGAAUUAAAAGAACAGCUUCAGCAGAAAGAUCAGCAGAUCCUAGCGCUGCUGGAGGAAAAGGAGAAGAUUUUCCGGGAUAUCACUGACUGUAGCAUGCAAGAGGAUGGCUCAGUCUCCAGAGUGCUGUUCAGGUCCAAUACAGAGGAGGCGCAAAAAGGGGAGACCAUUAUGAAAAGUGCAAUAAACGAGGUUGAAUAUUUGCAAAGCUUGAUCAGUAGGAGUCUAGGGAGUGCACUUGGGGCUGCUGACCUGCUGCCAAACUCUGAGCAAGAAGGGGGAGUCGGUCCCAUCUCCCUUCCUAGAAGAGCAGAAACUUUUGGAGGAUUUGACAGUCAUCAGAUGAAUGCAUCCAAGUGUGGAGAGAAAGAUGAAGCUGAUGAUGCUCAGGAUCUUCGGAGAACAGAAUCAGACAGCAUUUUGAAGAAGGGGGGAAAUGCUAAUUUGAUGUUCGUGUUGAAAAGAAACAACGAGCAUGUUCUCCAAAGCAUUACCUACCUCCACAACCUGCUCAGCACUCUGCAGGGAGUCGUGUUGCAGCAGGAUACUUAUAUUGAGGAUCAGAAGCUGGUUCUCAGUGAGAGAGCGCUGACACGGAGCUCCUCCCGGCCAAACUCCUUGAUCGAGCAGGAGAAACAGCGUAGCCUGGAGAAGCAGCGCCAGGAGCUGGCCAACUUGCAGAAGCAGCAGGCCCAGCACCAGGAGGAGAAGCGGAGGAGAGAGAAGGAGUGGGAGGUCCGGGAGAAGGAGCUGACCGAGCGGGAAGUGCAGCUCGCCCAGCGAGAGGAGCAGGCACAGAAGGGGUACCGGGAUCUGGAAAGGGAGAGGGAAGAGCUGAAGCUGAAGAAAGAAGCCUACCAGCUGGAUCUGGAGCGGCUGCGAGCAGCACAGAAACAACUGGAGAGGGAGAAGGAGCAGCUCAAGAGAGAUGUGGAGCGAUUACCCCCAGUGCAGACGGAGCCUGACCUCAGACAGGUUUCAAACCCCCAUGAUAAAACAGUGAGGAUCCCCUCCCAGCCCACCGCUGAGGACUCCAAGCAGCACAGUUCUUCCCUUCCCAAACAGGGGCACUUUGAUGCAGGACUGUCUGUGUCGCCCAAAAGGAACAGUCUCUCAAGGACACACAAAGAGAAAGGCACUUUCCACUUGCUUAGCGCAACGAACCAGACUAACAAGGCAGCCGAGGUGCAGCAGCCCACCCGCCUCUUCGGUUUAUCCAAGCCAAAGGACAAGAAGGACAAGAAGAAAAAGGGCAAAGGACACCGCUCCCAACCUGCUGAUGCUCAUUCAUCAGAAGCACCACCAGAUGGCGAGGAGAUCUUCUGCUGAAUGUCUGCUCCUAAUUCUGCAGGGAUGAGCCUCCCUCUCCACUGUACUGUGUUAGAAGCUGUACAUGCAUCUGAUGGGGCCAAAGCAUGAGCAGCUCUCCCUCUGCACAUCAAUCAUUCUCAGCCUUUGUACAGUGGAAACCUCCCCGCCCACAUUUUGCAGCACACUUUUGGCUCCUGCGCCCCACCAGCUCUCUACGUGUUAAAUAAAACAUUUGUAAAGGCUGCACGUGGUGGGAAAAGGGCUCUCUCCUGCAGUUUUUUAUGAAUUCUGGCUGCAGAGGCUGACCACACUGCAAACAGCACCCACUUCGGGUGCAAAUCUCGGUUGAAAGUAGGAAUAGAUGUUCCCAGUCUCCUCUUACUGCUAAAGGAUGAAAGACUAUGACCCAAAGGGUCUGUGCCUCCAAAUUCUCCUUUUCUGGGGAAUACAACCAAAACCAAGCAUUUAGCAAAAGGCCAGGACUCUGAAAAUGGUGCGUACACACUGGCAUAUAGAUAUACUAUAUAUAUAUGUAAGUGUCUAUGUAUUCACUGGGAUUUACAGUCUGUACAGACAAACUGGGUUAGCUUAGCUCGGCCCAACGAUACCUGAUGACUUUCAGGGAGCAUGUAGAUAUUAAAUAUCUUAGCCUUAAUGCUCAGAGUGUAUCUUUAUUGGCCCUCAUGCCCCUUCCAAGCACAUUGUAUGUUACAUGCUUCAUUUCAGAAAGGUACCAAACACUAGGCAGCAGCAACAGUGUAAAAAAAAAAUACAAUCAGAAGUUACUCCCAAAGGAUUUCUUUGGG